AUGAUUCUAAGAAAGGUGAGAGAUCAGCCCAGAACUACACGGGAGGAGCUGGUCAAGGACCUGAAAGAGCACCGUUUCCAAGGUUACUGUUGCCAGUCUCCAGACCUAAACCCAAUAGAGAAUCUUUGGAGGGAGCUAAAACUGUGCGUUUCUCAGCGACAGACCAGAAACCUGAGUGAUCUAGAGAAGAUCUGUGUGGAGGAGUGGACCAAAAUCCCUCCUGCAGUGUGUGCAAACCUGCAGCAGGUGUCCAUCAUUAAUGCUUCAGUAUCUGAACUCAUUGACUUGAGUGCAGGUGUGUUGGGCAGUGAGUUUGUGUCAGUGAUGGAGGGAGAUUCUGUGACUUUAUCUGUCAGUCUUACCGAAUCACAGAUAAAAGAGGGAAUCUCCUGGAAGUUUGGACUCAAAGAUGUCCGUAUAGCUGGAGUCAUGAGAGAGGACAAUAAUGUCAGGUUAUUUGAUGAUAAACCUGAUGGGAGAUUCAGAGACAGACUGAAGUUAAACAAUCACACUGGAUCUCUGACCAUCACAGACACCAGCAUCACACACACUGGACUUUAUCAAAUAUUCAACACCAAGACAAACACCAAGCUGAAAACAUUCAACAUAACUGUCUAUGCUCGUCUGCCCGUUCCUGUUAUCAGCAAAGAUUCUUCACAAAGUUCAUCAUCAUCAAGAAAAUCAAGAAAAAAUCAGCAGAAAGAUGAAGAAAGCUCAAAAUGUGUAUUAUUGUGUUCAGUGUUGAAUGUGAGAGAUGUGAGUCUGUCCUGGUACAAAGGAAACAGUUUAUUAUCCAGCAUCAGUGUGUCUGAUCAAAGCAGCAUCUCUUUACAUCUGGCAGUGGAUUAUCAGGAUAACAACACAUACAGCUGUGUACUCAACAAUACCAUUGUGAAUCAGACUCAACAUUUCAACAUCAAUGAAGUCUGUCAGUCGUGUUCAGACUUCUGCUGUUGUGGUUUUACUGAAGCUGUGAUCCGAUUGGUCGUCUCUGCUCUGGUGGGCGUGGCUACUGUUGCUGUCUUGGUUUAUGACAUCAGAACCGGAUGAGAUCAGAGAUUC